CGCGGGUCUGGUCUCUGAUUGAGCGCGGCGGCCCUGGGGGCGGGACGGCUCUGCUUUUGACAGCUUGCCCCGGCACAGCCGCGACUGAGUUCAGUGGGUUCGGGAUCCUGUGGCCCCUUUCUCCGCGCGUCCCCGUCCCCCCGUGGCCCUGGCCCUGGCCCUGGCCGCGGCCAUGAAGCGCUUCUUCUCCUGCUCCAGCUCACAGGUGGCGGUGGAGAGAUGGAACCGCCGUGACCAGAAGCUGCUGGAGGCCGUGCAGCGGGGGGACGUGGGGCGCGUGGCCGCCCUGGCCUCCAGGAAGUCUUCCCGACCCACCAAGCUAGACGCCAACGGCCAGUCCCCCUUUCAUCUGGCAGCCUCCAAGGGCCUGACAGAAUGUCUGACUAUCCUGCUUGCCAAUGGGGCCGACAUCAACAGCAAGAAUGAGGACGGAAGCACCGCCCUGCACUUGGCCACCAUCUCCUGCCAGCCACAGUGCGUCAAGGUCCUGCUGCAGCACGGUGCCAAUGAAGAUGCUGUGGAUGCAGAAAAUCGUAGUCCGCUGCACUGGGCAGCUUCCUCUGGCUGUGCCUCAAGUGUGCUCCUGCUGUGUGACCAUGAGGCCUUCCUGGAUGUCCUGGACAAUGAUGGACGCACACCCCUGAUGAUCGCCUCGCUGGGCGGUCACGCAGCUAUCUGCUCACAGUUACUGCAGAGAGGCGCCCGAGUCAAUGUCACAGACAAGGAUGACAAGUCAGCUCUGAUCCUGGCCUGCGAGAACGGCAGCGCCGAAGUGGCUGAGCUGCUCCUGAGCCAUGGAGCGGACGCGGGGGCGGUGGACAGCGCGGGCCACGAUGCUCUGUAUUACGGCCUGCGCACACAGGACAAGGCACUGCGGAAGCUGCUGCAGCAGGCCCUGAGCUGGCGGCGGGGAGGUCAGGGGCUAGUUCAACACCCAGAUGCUGCAUCUAAGGCCUCUCCAUCUGAACCUCCGGUGGGUUCUCCGCCCAAGAGCCCCCGGGGGGCAGAGCCCGGGGUGGAGCAGGAAAAGGAGCGAGAGGAUGUGUGCUCAGAGGAGUGGAAGUGGAAGUACGAGGAGGAGCAGAAGAAAGUUUCUCAGUUGGAGCAGGAGCUGAUGGGAAAGACAGAAGAGAGCAAGGCUCAGGCUGCAGCCUACCUGGGCCUGGCCAACCAGAUCCGGGAGCAGGUGCAGGAGCUGGGGCGGCUGCUCUUCCGGGAGCCCAGAGCUCCAGGCGGGCCGAGUCCUGGUAUCCGUCCUGGAGGGGAUGGCAUGGAGCAGGGCUGCCCCCUGGACCUGCUGGCUGAGGGCAUACGAGAGCUAAAGAAGCAGCAGCAGGCAGUAGCCGCAGCCGCAGCCAACCCAGUGUUAGCUGCCAAGAAGACCGAAGAUUCGGCCCCCUGGGAGAUGUAUUAUGAAGCCCAUGGAAGGUCCCAACCAGAACAGGGGCCACCCCAGGGCCCGGUGUCUGAGAUCCCGGGGGAAGCCACAGGGCAGCAACAGACGACUGUCGGUGGGCAGGCCCUUGGCCCUGAGCAUGCAGACCAGCCGCAUGCUGGCCAGAAGGAGAGGCCGAAGGCCCCAGGGGCGGAAAGAGCAGGCACAGCAGCUGAAGCAGUGGGCAUAGCAGCCAUGAACCAGCUACUGCUACAACUGAGGGAGGAGCUGGCUGCCGCGUGGCGAGAGAAGGAUGCUGCCCUGGGGGCUUUGUCAAGACCCGUCCUGGAGGGAGUUCUGGGGAAGUCCCGGGCGGAGGCCACAGCGGCCGCCUGGGAGAAGAUGGAGGCCAGGCUGGAGCAGGUGCUGCUGAAGCUGGAUCGGGCCAAGGCGGGGCUGCGAGCGACCCCUGCGACCCCUGCCCAGGAGUCCAGAGAAGGAGCCCCAAAGGCAGGCUCAGACACCAUCCCCAAAGAGGAUGGAGAGAAGGCGACGGGGGCUCCCGGGACCCAGCGGGAGUCUCCAGGGGCCCCGGGCAGGCCGCAGACGCCGGGAGGAGGGCUGGCCAAGGGAAUGCUGGAGAAGGAGGUGUCGGCCCUGAGACUGAGCAACAGCAACUUGCUGGAGGAGUUGGGGGAGCUGGGCCGGGAGCGGCAGCGGCUGCAAGGGGAGCUGCAGUCCCUGAGCCAGCGGCUGCAGCGGGAGUUUGUGCCCCGGCCCGUGGCGCAGGUCCAGCUCCAGCAGCUGCGGCGGAGCGUGGGGCUCCUGACGGACGAGCUGGCGGUGGAGAAGGAGGCCACCGAGAAGCUGCGGAGGCACCUGGCGUCCCAGAGCAGCGGCCUCCGAGGGCUGUGGGACUGCCUGCCCCCCGACCUGGUGGGCAAGGCCGGUGCCCGGGGCCCCGGCCCCGAGCCCCUGCAGGAGCUGCAGGCCUGCAUCAGCGCCCUGGUCGCCAGGCACCGCGAGGCGCAGCAGGUGCUGGCGAGGCUGGAGGAGGAAAACCAGCGGCUGCGGGGAGCCCCCGGCCGGCACCCGGAGCCGGGCCGCUCCUCCCAGGUGACAGCACCCCCGGAGGUGGCCGCUUUGGAGCAGGACCUGGGGCAGCUGGAGGAGGAGCUGCGCGCCGUGCAGGCCUCGAUGCGCGGGAAGAGCCAGGAGAUCGGGAAGCUGAAGCAGCUGCUGUACCAGGCCACGGAGGAGGUGGCCGAGCUGCGCGCGCGGGAGGCGGCCAGCCUGCGGCAGCACGAGCGGGCGCGCAGCUCGCUGGCGGCCCAGGCCCAGGCGUGGGGCCAGGAGCUGAAGGCCCUGCUGGAGAAGUACAACUCGGCCUGCCGCGAGGUGGGCCGCCUGCAGGAGGCCGUGGCCGACGAGCGCUGCCGAAGCGGGGACCUGGCGGCCCGGGCCACGGAGCAGGAGCGCCAGGCCAGCGAGAUGCGCGGGCGCACGGAGCAGUUUGAGAAAACGGUGGGGCUGCUGAGAGAGAAGAUGGAGCAUCUUCUGGGGGCUUGCCAGGACAAGGAGGCCAAGAUCAAGGAGUUGUUGAAGAAGGUGGAGCAGCUUUCAGAGGAAGUCCUAGCAGUUCGGGGGGAAAAUGCUCGCCUUGCCUCGCAGCUGCGGGAUUCUCAGAAGAACCAUGAAGAGAUCAUCUCUACCUAUAGAAACCAUCUCCUGAGUGCUGCUCAGGGCUACAUGGAACAAGACGUAUACAAUAUCCUGCUGCGAAUCCUCAGCAGGCAGGAGAAGAGGGGCAGCGCGGGCCGGGAGGGGCCGGGGAUUCCUCUCCUGGAAUAAGAGCACCCCUGGUUGCCAGAGGCUCCAUCAGGCUGUAGUGGGGGGGAGGUUGGCCAUUAGGGAUAGUGUGGGUGAGCUUCGCCUGACAUGAGGGAGCGCAGACCUGAGAAUCGGAACCCUGGAAUCAGCAUGGAUGAAACCAGAGGAGGUACUGAUCGAAGCCAGCUCUGUAACAAAUAAAGCAGGGGCAACACGAUA